AUGGAGCUGGUGCGGAUCCAAGUACAGAUCCAGGAGACCCUGAUUAGACAGUACUCCCAUCAUCCCUCAGUGAAAAAUGUAAUCUCUCACUCUAUGGUGAGUUUGAUGACCAUUUUAAAUUGUCUGAGUGCAAAACUGGCCAUCAUUCACUGUGCCGGACACUCUGACCCUAUACUGGUGCACUCACUGUGGCAGGAGAUCAUGGAAAAAGAACUGGGAGACACCGUGGCCAUGAGUCCAGCAGACAGGAUGAGGUCUCUCAGUUUAAAACUGGUAUCACUGGGAAAGAUUUACGCCGGAACGCCAAGAUAUUUCCCCCUGGAGUUCUUGGUAAAGUUUCUAGAGCAGGAGGUGUGUCGACUGAACUGGGACGUGGGCUUUGUCACUUCCACCAUGCAAGAGAUUGGAGUGCAGUUGCCACGUCUUCUGGAAGUCUAUGACCAACUCUUCAAAACUCGGGAUCCCUGUUGGCAGCGGCUGAAGAAGCCUCUCCACUUGGUGGAGUGUAUCCAUGUGCUUCUGUCAGGAUACGUGGAUGAUCCCAGCAGAGUACCAACCUAUGACAGACGCCGAUUCACUAACGUGUGUCUGGACAACAUCUGUGGAUACCUUGUGGAGCUGCAGUCUCUGAGCCCAAAUUCGACCCUUCAACAAAACCAUUGGCAACUUCAAGUCGCUGCAGGCAAAGCUGGAGAAACUCCACUGACAUUCUUCACAGGACAAGGGACAGGUGACCUCUGGAUGGUGCACUGUUGGCCUUAAUUAAUCAGCUGAUUUAAAGGUGUAAUAACACAAUCAGCACACACA